AUGAACCUGCACUUCAACAUCACGACCAUUGAUGCACAAGCCCUGAAACUCCAGCCACAUCGUAGCAUGGCAUCUGGGCCUCCCAACCCAGACACGCCACGUGUGGCCUCUAGACCUGCCGAUCCAGAUACGCCACCCACGCCAAGGGCGGUGAGGUUCGCUCAUGCCAUGGGCGGUGAGGUUCAGAAUCUCAGAGUGAUCCCCUUUCAGAGCCCGACAACCGACACGAUAAGACCUCACUUAUCAGUGAACAAGAGCCGAUUAGGUAGCACAACGUCGACUGCUCCUCCAAACCUCGGAACAUGGUUCGCAGUCCUUUUGGUAUGGAGGAAAGUUGAGAUGACGCUAUUUUGCGUCGAAGAGUCAAUAAUUUCGGGCUUAUACAUUCAAUCCGCUAUCAACUUCUUCGGGCUCAAGGCAUCAAUCCCGGGAAACCCGCCGAAGAAGCGCUUGGCCAUGCCACUUCUGGUGGUCAACGGCUUUGUGAUAUUUCUGGACAUAAUAUUGCUUGCGACAACAUACGCCACUUUGUCCACGAUCCAGCCAGCGCUGAGAGCUUUAGUAUAUAGCAUCAAACUUAAGGUCGAAAUCAACCUACUCAACUCGCUUGUCGGCAUCACAAGGCAGUCGACUAUAUCAACACUACCCGACAUUGCAGUGACUCCGACAUCGACCAAGACGUUGGCAUGGCAUAACGCAUAA